GGGGUGGGGUUUCCCUUAUUUUUAGGGCUAGCUACCUGCACGGUAGAAAAGCUACCCUAUUUGGAGUCAAGAUCCUCUUCGGAUUUUUGUUUUCGAAAUUCAAGAACUUGGAUAGCCAGGUAGUUAAAGAAAGGGAGAUCUGAACUCGUGGUUUGUACGAGGAAGGGGUGCAGAUCCUGAUUGACAAGGAAGAACAAAAAUGGAUAUAACAACAGUGUGACCAAAUGGGAGAUCCAUCAACCGAGGCCUAUAGAUUCCAACUGCCUCACAACUGCCGCCAGAGAGGUCAGAUUGUCCAGAGCGCUGCCUCUUCCUCUGCCAACAGCGCUGUGUCAGAUGUUAAGCUGCAGCUCCAGGAGGAGGACCGCAGCAAAGGCUUCAAUCCCAUUUCCACUUUUGCUUCUGGAAUGUGUCCGGUGAAUGGGAUGGCCAUGGAGCAGACUUCACAAGGGAAGGGUGCCCAAUAGAACUUCCCGAGAAUGUUGUACCUACAGCUUACAGGGAGUGGGAGGUUAAGGUUUUCGAUUGGCAGACUCAAUGCCCCACUCUUGCUAACCCAUAUGAGCACUCUUUUAUACAAGAAUACAGAGUUACUUCCUGUUGUUGGAUGUGAAGCUGAUGCUGCCACUUGAUGACUCCAGAGAUGAUUGAUGAUCCAUUCCAAACUUUGAAAAGUGGAAGUCCGAACUUUUAGCUCAGAGAAAAACCCUUGGUUGAAUCAAAUAUUGAAGAGCUAGCCAAUUUAACAUGAGCGGAUAUGAGGGAAUCUGAUUUCAGUGGUUCAACUUUCAAUGGCGCAUACAUGGAGAAAGCUGUCACAUAUAAGGCAAACUUUGGGGGAAGAGCACGGUGGCAUGUGCUUUGAGUGGGAGUUUGUACUACAGCAGAAGCUGUUGUACAUUCUUGAUGGGGACAAUGUCAGGCAUGGCUUGAAUUACGACCUUAGUUUUAAAGCAGAACAUCGUGCAGAGAACAUUCGGAGGAUUGGUAGUAUGUGAACCACAGGUUAAGAAAUGGGUCCUAAUUCAGAGCUGCAUUUUUCUUCCCUCAAAAUAAGAAGAAAACAUUUCCUCAGCUCAUAUUUCAGCACUUCAGGAUCAACUUGGGAAAGAACAGAGGAGAGCACAAGCAUUAUCAAUUUAUUUGCUAUAGAGUUUGUCAGGGAGAAAGUUCAUGAACAAAAGAAAUCUAAUCGAGAGGCUGGGUUAAUUUUAGGGCUGGAUGAAAAGAAACACCUAUCUGAGCUUUCAACAACUCGAAGGGAGUACAAACUUUGUCUGCCAUGGAUAGGGAAUGGAUACGUAAUUAGAUCAAUAGAUGGGUGCCACUGUUUUGGAUAUCUACAUCCAGCAAUACCUGUAUAUUCCCUGCACAUUGCAAAGAUCUGGUGCUAUUUUGGUGUUGCAAGCCUAGGCGCGGAAUGAAAAGAAGGGAUGUAUGUGUUUCUGAACUCUUAUGCAAAUCUAAAUUGAAAUCAUGAAACACAUUUCCUAUGUUUCUCAAAUCUCAGCAACAGGUUUUAGAACCCUGAAAUCUAAGUAAAGGUACAUCAUUCCUAUUUUCGUGUUUUUUUAAUUCCUAUCAUCAUGGCCACGAUAAAACGUGAAUAUGCAUGCCAACCUUGCAUACUCAGUGAUUAAUUUCUGGAUGAAUUUUUCUUUAGACGGGGGUUUGCAGAUAUGAAUACUUGAGGGGCAGAUGGUCACCAUGUUGGAUCCAUUGAUACUGAUACAACUUGGGAUUUAGUUGGUUAUAUUCAAAUCAGAAAUAAAAUUGUUGUGUAUAUUCCGCAUUUGAUUGAAAAUCUGUAAUUUUAUGAAUCAUUUAUUCGGAUUUAAUUUCAG